UCUUGAGAUUUUCACUCUGAUUUGGAACUCACCCUACCACCACAAUGGCACUGGUAAUAACUGCAGCACUUCUCCUGGUUCUGAGUCUGAUGUUUAAUCCAGUCCACUUAGAAUCAUCAGAAAGUCCCACUACACAAUCUAGCACUGCAUCCAGUUCUACUGCCACCAGUGGUUCAACAUCCAACACAGAUAGCACUGCAUCCAGUUCUACUGCCACCAGCGGUUCAACCACCAACACAGCUAGCACUGCAUCCAGUUCUACUGCCACCAGCGGUUCAACCACCAACACAGCUAGCACUGCAUCCAGUUCUACUGCCACCAGUGGUUCAACCACCAACACAGCUAGCACUGCAUCCAGUUCUACUGCAACGAGCGGUUCAACCUCCAACACAGCUAGCACUGCAUCCAGUUCUACUGCAACGAGCGGUUCAACCUCCAACACAGCUAAAACUGCACUCAGUUCUUCGGCCACCAGUGGUUCAAAUUCCAACAUAGGCACUUCCAAAACAACUUCUGGUUCUGCAAAACAGACUUUCUCCAUAUUGACAUCUCUAAUCCAAGCAUUUGGCCUGGUUCUGAUCAUCAGAAAUCUUUAAUUGCAUACACCAAGUUAAGGAAUUGUAAUGUUAUUUUAAAGUGUUUUUUUACUUUUCUUUUCUAAAAUAAAAAGCAAUAUUUGAGGAGUCAGAAAAAUAAAUUGAAAUUGGUGUUAUGAAAGAUUAAGAAAAACACAUUUUUAAUUGGAAAUAUUACAAAAAGUGGUUUGCAACUUAAUAUUAACCACAUCAAUACUAUAUGGUAACUUAUAUUCUUUAUUUUCUGUUUGUUGUAUUUCACUCAUACGUAUGAAAUUAGGACAGGGAGUGGGUAGACCA